AUGUCUCUGCCACGCGUAAGCGUCAAAGACGUCGUGUGGCAAGGUGCGACCAUUCCUGCUGGCACUACAUUCCUUAUGAACGCCUGGGCGGCAGACUUUGAUCCUGGCCAUUUCAAGUCUCCCCAAGAAUUCAGCCCAGAGCGAUUCCUGGACAUCCCAGAAGGAUUAGGGACGCAAUACUUUGCCUUUGGAGCGGGCUCGCGCAUGUGUACCGGCUCGCACUUGGCGUACAGGGAGAUGUACAUCACGUUCGUACGCAUGCUCAUUGCAUUCGAAGUGUUGCCUGCCGCGGAUACAUCGCAAAGACCAAUCUUGACGGGUCCUCUCGAGUGCAACGCCAACCCAUCGGGAUUGUCCACUGAGCCAAAGGCCUUCAAGAUCGGCUUUCGCGUGCGCGACAAAGCUUGUCUUAAGAAGUGGUUCGAGCAAACCGACACCACCACAAAACAUAUCGAAAGAUAG